AUGUCGGCUCAACCGCAAAAGCCGCAGGUCCAACCAUGCCGAUAUAAGACGGGGAAGACGCUGGGAGCCGGUUCAUAUUCGGUCGUGAAGGAGUGUGUGCACAUUGAUACAGGGCGGUAUUAUGCAGCAAAGGUCAUCAACAAGAGGCUGAUGGCAGGCCGGGAGCAUAUGGUUCGAAAUGAAAUCGCCGUGCUCAAAAAGGUGUCGAUGGGUCACCAAAAUAUCUUGACCCUAGUAGACUACUUUGAAACUAUGAACAAUCUCUAUCUCGUCACAGAUCUUGCACUUGGGGGCGAGCUAUUCGAUCGAAUUUGUCGGAAGGGAAGCUACUACGAAUCUGAUGCAGCGGAGCUCAUUCGCGCUACGCUCUCUGCCGUUGCAUAUCUGCAUGACCACGGCAUCGUACAUCGAGAUUUGAAGCCGGAGAACCUCCUUUUUCGAACCCCAGAAGACAAUGCGGACCUCCUGAUUGCUGAUUUUGGACUAUCCAGAAUAAUGGACGAGGAGCAGUUCCAUGUUCUGACCACGACUUGUGGCACACCGGGCUAUAUGGCCCCGGAAAUCUUCAAAAAGUCCGGCCAUGGAAAACCUGUUGAUAUCUGGGCCAUUGGCGUGAUCACAUACUUCCUCCUCUGCGGCUACACACCCUUCGACCGCGAUUCCAACCUAGAAGAAAUGCAAGCCAUCCUCGUUGCUGACUAUUCUUUCACCCCUAUUGAAUACUGGCGUAAUGUCUCCGAAGCAGCCCGCGAAUUCAUUAAACGCUGCCUGACGAUUGACCCUCACGCCCGUAUCACAGCCCACGAAGCUCUUCAACACCCCUGGAUAAGUCCACCAGCGGAUCCUCUCAACCCGAGUGCAUCUGUCCGCAGGGGCUCUGGCGAAGAUUUACUUCCAGUGGUUAAGAAAAACUUCAACGCCCGACGAACACUUCACAAAGCAAUUGAUACUGUACGGGCAAUCAACAAGCUCCGUGAGGGUGGCGGGUUGAUGAUGGAGGGUGCUAUGAGUGUAGAUCCAAAGCCAGAGCGAGUUAUUGGGGAUAAAGUGUUGCAAGGUGACGGGUAUGAUGAGGGCGACAGGAUGGAGAUUGACAGUCGUAGCAAUGCCAGGGGUCAGACAGAAGAGCAGAUUCGGGAGCAAGAGAGGAAGGUGAAGCAGGUUGUUACAGGCUUGUGGAGCCAAACUGCAGCAUCAAGAAGGAAAUGA